AUGAUUAAUCCUGAAGUAACAAAUGUAAAUGAUGACGCUAGAGACUUUUCACGAUGGAAAAUAAUAUAUCCCAAUUAUUUAAAUAAAAAAAAAAAGGUAAAAGAAGGAAGACGAAUAAAUUUAAAGUAUUGUGUAGUAGAUCCAUCAGUAGAUGAUAUUGCACUAGCUUGUAAAGAAUUAAAUAUCCCAUGCAUUGUAGAAAAAAAUAAAUACUAUCCACGAGAUUGGCUAGUUGAAGGGAGAAUACGAAUUAAGAUGCCUGAUACAGAAAAUAAGACUUUAAGUAAAUUUGCUUUAAUGAAAGAAAUUGGAUUGAAAUUACAAACUGUAAAAGCAAAUGUAGAUGCUAAUGUUGUAGUUAAUUCUAACAGCUUAACCAAAAAAAAAAAAAAAAAAAAAAAAACAAGGAUGAAGACAAAGAUAUGCCAAACUAUUAACUAA